GAGGGGGGGCGAGCGGCUGAGAAUAGACGGUGCGCUUGUCCUUGAGACAUGACUGCCCCAGGGCUUCCCAUCUAUGUUCCCGGGACAGUCGGAGACCUGAGCGCGUCUGUCUGACGAGAUGCUGGGUGUUUUUGUCAGAGCCGUGCUGCGGCCGGGCUCGGUGAAGCCGUGCCGCCUGAUCCGACCGGCAACGCAGAUCCAGGAGAGGUCCCUGGUGCACCAGGAGGGUUUACCCAAGCUGCCCGUGCCCCCCUUGAAGCAGACAUGCGAGCGCUACCUGGCUACCCUGGAGCCCAUCGUCAGCGAGGAGGAGCUGGAGCACACCCGGGAGCUGGUGCAGGAGUUCCUGAAGGGCGGCGUGGGAGAGCGGCUCCAGAAGGGACUGGAGCGACGGGCGCGCAAGACAGAGAACUGGCUGUCAGAAUGGUGGAUGCAGUCGGCCUACCUGGACUGUCGUAUGCCUGUGGCGGUGUACACCAGCCCGGGGGUUGUCCUGCCCCGAAUGCACUUUCAAGACCGUCAAGGACAAAUGAGGUUUGCUGCCAAACUGAUUGCUGGCGUCUUGGACUUCAAAAAAAUGAUCGACACUGAGACUCUGCCUGUGGAGUAUUUGAGCGGGAAGCCGCUGUGCAUGGACCAGUAUUACCAGGUCCUGUCCUCCUGUCGGAUCCCCGGGCCGAAGAGGGACACCGUUGUCAACCACGCCAUCGGGAUGACGCCUCCCACCCACAUCACCGUGGUCCACAACUUCCAGUUCUUCGUCUUAGACGUGUACAACAGUGACGGCACUCCGCUGACCGUGGACCAGAUCUACAUGCAGCUGGAGAAGAUCUGGAACUCGUCUUUGCAGACAAACAAGGAGCCGAUCGGCAUCCUCACAUCCCAGCACCGCAACACCUGGGGAAAAGCCUAUAACAACCUAAUAAAGGACAAGACGAAUAAGGAGUCGGUGCGCGCGAUCCAGAAAAGCAUCUUCACAGUGUGUCUGGACGCCCCGAUGCCGCGGGUGUCGGACGAGCUGUACCCGAGCCGAGUGGCUGCGCAGGUGCUGCACGGCGGAGGAGCUCGCUGGAACAGCGGCAACCGCUGGUUCGAUAAGACGUUACAGUUCAUCAUCGGCGAGGACGGUACCUGUGGGCUGGUGUACGAACACGCGCCUGCUGAGGGUCCCCCCAUCGUCUUCCUCAUUGAUCAUGUUGUUAAAUACAUGCAGAGGACGGAAAUCGUCCGUUCUCCGAUGGUUCCUCUGUCCAUGCCUCUGAAGCUGCGCUUUAACAUCACGCCCGAGGUCAAGAGGGACAUCGAGAAAGCCAAGCAAAACAUGAACAUAAUGGUUCAUGACUUGGAUGUCAAGGUUCUUAUGUUCGAUCACUUCGGUAAAAAUGUGCCAAAGCAACAUAAGCUGAGCCCCGACGCCUUUGUGCAAAUGGCUCUUCAGCUGGCAUACUUCAGGAUGUACAACACGUGCUGUUCUACUUACGAGAGUGCGUCGUUAAGAAUGUUUCUCUACGGGCGAACAGAUGCCAUUCGCUCCACUACUGCAGACUCAUUUCGGUUUGUCCAGGCAAUGCAGGACCCGGCUAAACAGAACACGGAGAGGCUGACGCUCCUGCAGAAAGCUGUAGAGACCCAUAAAGAAAACACUUACAAUGCAAUUCACGGUCAGGCUAUAGAUCGACACCUGCUGGGGCUAAAGAGGCAGAGCAUUGAAGAUCUGACCUCUAUACCCGAGAUCUUCAUGGACACCUCCUUUGCAGUCGCUCAUCAUUAUAACCUCUCCACCAGCCAGGUCGGCUCCAAAACAGACUGCGUGAUGUGCUUUGGUCCAAUGGAGCCAGAUGGCUACGGAGUGUGUUACAAUCCCAUGGACGAGCACAUCAACAUCGCCAUCACGGCCUUCAACAGCUGCGAGGAGACCAACGCCGCCAGGUUUGCCAGGUCCGUGGAAGAAGCGCUGCUGGACAUGAGAGCUCUCCUGGAAGACACAGCCACGGCCAAGCAGUGAUCCCACGCAUGAGCCCGGCACGGCGCCGGAGCCCCGCGGGGCGCCGCGGGGGGCCGAGCACGAACAGAGUCGUAGCCAGAGCGGCUGGCGGAGCGCCACGCUGGUGUCGGCGCACCAUGGCGAGAUGUGUUACCAAAGGGGCUGCAGGACGUGUAAUGGGUGACUGCUGUUGCACUGCCUUUGAAAUAAGAAGCUAUUCCUUAUUGAGGGAAAUUCUCUAUUUUAAUAUGUCCAGUUAUCUCUAUACAUGUGGGGCUUUAAAAGAAUAUUAUUUGCCAAGAAUUCAAACUUUUUUCUUUUUUUUUUUUGUCCGUUUAUACUUGAGCAGUUCCUGGUGCAAUAUUCAGAAUGGCUUUGUUCUUGUUUGAGUUAAAGAUUUUGAGUGCU